AUGGGUACGGUGUUAUUGUUGAAUAGUUUUGUUGGAUUUUUCUUCAUCUGCGCUAGCGUCAGCGGCUGUCUAGAUGGCUUGGAGUGUAUUCUAGAUGAUGUGAUAUCAGAGAUGUGUCCCAUUCUUGCCAGCACUAGGUCCGCUCUCAAAAAAGUGUUCAGUUGUUCUUCCGACGAAGAAAUUGGCCCCUUCAAUACCGAAAUGGUAUCUGAAUGUAUUAGAUGUGGUCGCGAUAUCGCCCGAACAGCGAACAAACGAGGGAACCAGCUAGUCAGAAACGGAGUCAGCUUAGAGGCUUAUUCGCCGUCUUUGCACCACUUCUUUACAACAGAAGUUUCUAAAGAUACACAGAAGACAGCCCAAGUGUCUCAGGAAUUAAUUUCAGCGACAAAAUUGAUAAGAAUGAAGCUGUGUUCAAGUUCUCAAGUGACACCGAACACUUUCCUCGCUUAUCUGGAGAACAAUGUGAUACGACCACACGAGCUGUACUGCAAGCCGUUCAGCAAGAAAUGCCUCGAUGACAAGUAUCGGACCAUCGACGGAACUUGUAAUAACAAGGAGCAUCCAGGCUGGGGACGCCGAGGUGCUCCGUUCACGAGGAUUGCUGUUCCACGUUAUUCUGACGGUAUUUAUGGCAUGCCUGUAGCAAAAAGUGGUCGUGCUCUACCCAAUCCACGGUUAUUGUCAACAAGAAUUUUCGCAGACCGACCUAUAGGCAGUCGAGUGUCGACGUAUUUAAACAUGCAGUGGGGACAAAUUGUGACGCAUGACAUAGCAUCCCAGGCUAUGGAAUAUACUGACGAAGGUGGCAUUCAAUGUUGUUUGGGAAAUGGACAGGAUAUGCUCCCACAAGACAUGUUAAACGACAAAUGUAUACCCAUCGCGGUACCAGAAGGCGAUGUGUUCUAUCGGCAAUUUGGAAUUAAAUGCUUGAAUUUUGUGAGGAGCAUAACCACACCGAAGGACGAUUGCAGUUUAGGUUACGCAGAGCAGAUGAACACAGUUACCAGUUACUUAGAUGGCUCGGUGGUGUAUGGGUCUGAUGCGAAGACAGCCACAAAACUGCGAACUUACAGUGGUGGAAGACUCAAGGAGGAAAAUAAAAGACAAUGUAAAAAAGGCUUCCUGCCGACUGUUGAUGAUAAAUUUGCUACGUGUGAUUUGAGAAAUAUAUCACAUCCUUGUUAUCUUACAGGAGACGUAAGAGUUAAUCAAACUCCAACACUGGUCGUGCUGCAUACGUUGUUAUUGAGAGAACAUAACCGCGUAGCUGAUAAGCUCAGCUCGAUGAAUCCACUUUGGACCGACGAAAAGAUUUACCAGGAGGCGAGGAAGAUAGUAAUCGCUCAGAUACAGCAUAUAACUUACCAGGAGUGGUUGCCGUUAAACUUUGGUGAAGCGUAUUUACGGUACUAUGGCAUAUCACCGAGAUCCCUCUACAGUCGCAGUUACAGUGAAGACGUGAACCCGGGAAUAAUCAGCAGUUUCACUUCUGGAGCUUUCAGGUUCCUCCACACAAUGAUACCAGACUCCAUUAUGGCCUGUUCUUCGAACUAUCAAGCGGCCUAUAUGUAUAAACUAAGCGACUACUACUUCAAUCCAAAUAUAGUUGAGACAAGUAAAGAUUCCUUUGAUAAUAUCGUUCGAGGCAUCGUAACUCAGCCAUCGAGCGAACCGGAUCCCUUCUUCAGCAGUGAAGUUACUAAUUUGAUGUUUAAAGGCAGAGAUAAAUGGGGUUUGGAUCUGAUUGCAAUGGACAUCCAGAGAGGUAGAGAUCACGGUAUCGCUUCGUAUAAUGACUACAGAGAGACCUGCGGAUUAAGAAGAGCGACAACAUUUCAAGAUUUGAUUGGCGAAAUUUCUCAAGAUCGAAUAAAUACACUAGCUCAGUUAUAUGAAUGCGUAGAUGACAUUGACUUAUUUGUUGGAGGCGCUUUGGAAAAGGACGUCCAAGGAUCGGUUUUAGGUCAUACGUUUCAAUGCAUAAUUGCGGAGCAGUUUUAUAGAACUCGUAUAGGCGAUAGAUACUUCUAUGAUAACGGUGAAAUGCCGCAUUCCUUUACGCCAGAACAAUUAAAAGAAAUCAAAAAGGCAUCAAUAGCGCGACUGAUUUGUGACAAUACAGAGGGUGUAAAAUUAAUUCAAAGAAAAGCUUUCGAAGUGGAAUCUCCUUGCAAUCCUAAGCUCAGCUGUGAAGACUAUGAAAAUAUACCGCACGUUGAUUUGACAGCAUGGAAGAGGCCUAAGUUCGAACUAUAUGACUAG